UCUCCUGGUAAGGCUUCUGGCUAUCACUUCUGAAUACUGUGUUUUUUUGUUUUAGAAAAAAAUGGCUGUGAAUUUUGGUCUGUCUUUGAGAAUUACUUGGAUUUGUUGCCUGCUGAUUGUAGGGAUAACCUGUUAUCCUCCACCUAAAGGUGACUAUAGAUAUCUUCCCCAAAUUGCAACAAAGGGAACCGGCUCCUACGCCCCCGCAGCAGCAAAGGGAACCGGCUCCUACGCCCCCGCAGCAGCAAAGGGAACCGGCUCCUACGCCCCCGCAGCAGCAAAGGGAACCGGCUCCUACGCCCCCGCAGCAGCAAAGGGAACCGGCUCCUACGCCCCCGCAGCAGCAAAGGGAACCGGCUCCUACGCCCCGCAGCAGCAAAGGGAACCGGCUCCUACGCCCCCGCAGCAGCAAAGGGAACCGGCUCCUACACAACGGAAGCACCCGGCCCCAACGCCCCCGCAGCAACGGAAGCACCCGGCCCCAACGCCCCCGCAGCAACGGAAGCACCCGGCCCCAACGCCCCCGCAGCAACGGAAGCACCCGGCCCCAACGCCCCUCAGCAACGGAAGCACCCGGCCCCAACGCCCCCUCAGCAACGGAAGCACCCGGCCCCAACGCCCCCGCAGCAACGGAAGCACCCGGCCCCAACGCCCCCUCAGCAACGGAAGCACCCGGCCCCAACGCCCCCUCAGCAACGACUGACCCAAAUACCUUAGGUGAAGCGACAGGCGCCCCUGCCUCGGCAGAAGCGACAGGCCUUGAACAGGAGGGCCAACUUCUCAAGCAACUUGGAUUUUAGCAGCAGUGAUGGUUCUCAGGAUGUUUGGUCCGAUGUCGGUGACAAUGAACGCACUCAAGAUGUCAGCUCCAGUAGUACUCAAGGCAGCAUCGUUGAACAGUCUGUUCUCAUUCCAAUCUAGUUACAAAUCGAUUUAUGAGAAUGGCAAAACUGUCUUCUCCCAAACCUGCUACACCCCUGGGGAGGUUAUACCUUUUUGGAUUGCAGAGAUGCUCCCAAGGACUGUAGUGAUGUUGGCAUCUCUGAACCAAGCAUAUCCCCACCUGCUAAACUCUCAACCUGCUAAAGGAACCCCACCACAAGGAAAGGCUCCUGGGAGUGUAAAGUUGUACAUUGCAUCAUCUGAACUUUGUUUCUGAUUUUGUUGUCCUUUUGUACUAAUUAUCUAUCAAUAGAAUUCUAAUGGUGGAUUCAUCCUUUGGCUGCUCCAAUGGUAGUACUUGAUUUAAAUAACCGGAAAUGAUGACAAUUCUGAGUUGUUGCUGACGCUUUCUUUUGUUCCACUGUAUGCGUUUGAUUCGGCCAGGGAGUUCCUCCUGCAUUACUUGAACAAUAAAAUAUUGUUGUGCCUA